AGUUGCAAAUCUAACCUAUCGUGUUUGUGAUAAGAAUUCAAGAGGAAUUUCUUUUUAAAUCAAUUAUUUUAUAAGUUUUCAAAUAUGAAGAAUGGACGAUAAUGCGAAGAACGCAUCUUCCUAUCAUUUGGAUCAAGAAGUACUGGACGCAAGAGGCAUUGGCAUGACAGUGGAGGAGGUAGCUGGCCUUCCCACCACUAAGUACUCGGAGCGAGUGCAGUCACUCCGCCUGUGUGAUGAGGACCUGGCCUUCUUGAAGGGAUUGAGGAGGAGGAUCAAGAAUCGGCUAGCCUCCCAAAACUCCCGCCGCCGCAGCAUGGAGCAACUGCGGCGGUUGACGCGCGAGCUUCGUGCGGUGCGCGCGUGUCGAGACGACGCGCUGGCCGAACGCGCGACGCUUGCGCGGCAGAGGGACGAAGCUAGGGCGCGGUGUAAACGGCUGAGGGAUCAUUUGAUACAGCGCGAGCUUCGUGCGGUGCGCGCGUGUCGCGACGACGCGUUGGCCGAACGCGCGACGCUCGCGCGGCAGAGGGACGAGGCUAGAGCAAGGUGUAAACGGCUGAGGGAUCAUUUGAUACAGGUCCUCACCGACCGCCUAGACAACUCCAAAGUGCCAGAAAUCGACGUCGAAACAACAGAAUCUCAGCGCAAGCCCAAAGAAGAGAAAGACACAGCAUCGUGCCCUCUCACUCCCGCCUGCGACAUAGAAAUAGACAAAAACAUAUUCGAGUGUCGAAUAGAUAAGCUUGUCCAAAAAAGCGUCAACCACAUCUUCAACAAAAAUGAUAAAAAAAAGAUUUUCGCCAAAACUGUUUUUUUGACAGACGACAAAGAAAAAAAUUCAAAUUCGAAUGCGCCGUUGAAUUUCAAAAUACAAAAUUCGAAUUCGAAAUUGCAGUCGAACGUGAGCUUUCAUAAUUCGAACGUCAAGUCUGUGGUCUUCGAAGGUUUGAACUGUUCGGUUGACACCACGGAGGUUUUGAACUUGUCGGUUAAGGAGGGUAGACGGAAAAGUCAUGGGAGGAAGCAGUCGGCGCCUAGACGAAUCACUUAUGUGGAAUACGAGGUUGCCCCAGAUGUGGUUCUCGACUUAAAAAUCAAAAAGGAACCGCAGUGACGUCACCGCGUUCACACCACACAGACCAAAAAUGUAACUAUAUAAUGCGCAAAGAAACAUAGAUCUUAAGUCGUUCGAAUAACGUCCAUUAUUGACCGUGUCUUGUUGAAAGUUGAGAGUUUUAUAAUCUGUCUAUACGCGUCUCGCUCGCACUUCAUUUGUUAGACAAAGCCGUGCGUAUGACCAAUAUAUUGUGAAGUUUUCCUCCGUGAAAUACCUAUAUUAUUUAGAAUUCUAUUUUUGUAGAAAUUGGUUUUAAAAAAAACCAUUUAUUAAACUAUGCUUAAAAUUAACAUUUGCGGAGUCAAGACAUUGUACUUAUUUGUAUAUUGUAUAAUAUUGUGUGUCUUUUUUAUGUGUCAUUGUGACAAUAAGUGUCAUGGAUUAGAUUGGAGGUAUAGAUGAACUACACUGAACGGCAACAUUGAAUUUUCAAAUAGAUCCCGUUUAUUCUGUAACCUAUUAUUGGUACCGUUUGAAAGAGCUCGUAAAGCACUUUCAGGAUCAGUAACCAGUUUUUCGAUAUCUUGUGUAGUUUAGAAAUAAUCGAGUGAGAUCACUUAUCGUUUCCACCUUGUAUAAUUUCCAACAUGUCAAAAAUCGGAACCAGCUAUACGGUAUUGACGGUGGCGC